GCGGGGGCGGGGCGUGGCGGCGCAGGACCCGGAUGUGGCUGCUGCGACCCCUCCUCCCCCGCGUUCCCCUCCGAGCCCCCGGCCGCGCGCUGUCGUUCCCUCUCUGGUCCCCGCGCAGGCCCUCGGGCGGCGGUGAGGCGGCGCAGAGGCGGAGGAGCGGGCGGCGAGGCGACCGUGCGGAGGCGAGCGGGCCAGGCCCGGCCGGGCGGCCGCCGCCAUGAGCGGCUCCUCGGGCACCCCGUACUUGGGCAGCAAGAUCAGCCUCAUCUCCAAGGCGCAGAUCCGCUACGAGGGCAUUCUCUACACCAUCGACACGGACAACUCCACGGUGGCGCUCGCCAAAGUGAGGUCCUUUGGUACAGAAGACCGUCCCACAGAUAGGCCUGCCCCCCCUAGAGAGGAAGUUUAUGAGUACAUCAUCUUCCGGGGAAGUGACAUCAAAGACAUUACUGUGUGUGAACCUCCGAAAGCUCAGCAUGCGCUCCCUCAGGACCCUGCUAUUGUUCAAUCUUCCCUGGGCUCGGGCUCGGCCUCCUCCUUCCAGCCACACGUGCCUUACAGCCCCUUCCGAGGGAUGCCGCCCUACAGCCAGCUGGCCGCCAGCUCCCUGCUCAGCCAGCAGUAUGCCGCUUCCUUGGGUUUAGAAAAAUUGGUAAGCCCUCCAGCCUCAGCCGCGGCUUCCAGCCCUAGUUCUUCUCCAUCUCCACAGCCCGUUUCAGAGCUUGACAUGUCCUCAGAGUCACAUCAGCUCACUUCCAAGGGAGCUGGCUUUCCGGCUGUCUCGGUCAGCAAGAGCCCCAUGGUGGAGCAGGCUGUCCAGACUGGUUCUCUUGAUAACCUGAACACCAAAAAGCUGUUACCUGGCAAGGGCACCGCGGGGAUGCAGCUCAACGGGCGCCCAGCCCCGCCAAGCAGCAAGGCCGCCAGCGAUGUAGCUCAGCCGGCAGCUGGGCAGACGCAAGGGCAGGUGAAUGACGAGAACAGAAGACCUCAGAGGAGGCGAUCAGGGAACAGACGAACGAGGAAUCGCUCCAGAGGGCAAAGCCGUCCAACUAACGUCAAGGAGAACACAAUCAAGUUUGAAGGCGACUUUGAUUUUGAGAGUGCAAAUGCCCAGUUCAACCGAGAGGAGCUGGACAAAGAAUUUAAGAAGAAACUGAAUUUUAAAGACGACCAGGCUGAGAAAGGGGAGGAGAAGGACCUGGCGGUGGUGGCCCAGAGUGACGAGGCCCCUGCUGAGGAGGACCGUCUGGGGCCCAACUGCUACUAUGACAAAUCCAAGUCCUUCUUUGACAACAUUUCCUCUGAGCUCAAGACCAGUUCCAGGCGGACGACGUGGGCUGAAGAGAGGAAGCUCAACACGGAGACCUUCGGGGUGUCGGGAAGGUUUCUUCGUGGCCGUAGUUUCCGUGGUGGAUUUCGAGGGGGCAGGGGCAACGGUGCAACCCGUCGUAACCCAACUUCCCACAGAGCUGGGACUGGCAGGGUGUAAGGAGGCAGCCGAAGGCGAGUGAGGGGGGCCCUGGGGUCCUUGAGUGGGAGGGCAUCUGGGCGGGGCUGCCCAGGUAGGAGAAGCCUCUUCAGGAGGAGCUUAGGAGCCGGUGAGCGUCGGUGUCGAGGCC